AUGCAUUGUUACUUUCUGCCAAAAACAUCAACGAAAUCAUAUGCCGAUUAUCAUGAAGACAUGACCGCUCAUUUGUUUGAAAAAUUAUUUAAGGAACAACUUCUACCUAAUAUUCCACCCAAUUCUGUAAUUGUCAUGGGCAAUGCUUCUUAUCAUUCACGACUCUUAACAAAAAUACCCAAUAGUAGUACUAAGAAAGAUGGCAUUGUAACUUUCUUGCGAGAUAAAAACAUACCCCUUCCUAAAAGAGUUCCUUUAAAGAAAGAUUUAUUAAAUAUUGUAAAGUCCCACAAUUUUAAGAAAGAAUACGUACUUGAUGAAUUCUGUAAGACACAAGGACACACCAUUUUACGCCUGCCACCUUAUUACUGCAUUUUUAAUCCCAUAGAAAUGAUUUGGGGCAUAAUAAAGUCGCGCUUAAGGAAAUGCAAUCAGUCGCUGAAAUUGAGCGCAGUGCUGCUAGACAAGAUACGCCAAGUAGUCAACGAGUUCGAUAGUGACAUUUUUAAGAAUUGCAUUUCCCAUGUUAUCGAUAAAGAAAAUGAAUACCCCAUAAUGGAUCGUACAAUCGCCCCAAUUUUUAUUCAACCCAAUUUGGACACUGACUCCAGUUCUGAUGAUUACAAUUCUGAUUGA